CCUCUUCCUCUCAAAAAGGGAUCUUUGGAGAAGAAGAUCGAGGUAGAAAGUAAACAAGAGGAAGAAGAGGCUCGAUAGGAUCUGGCUGGUCUCAGGGCUUUUAUUUACUGAGGAUCGUCGUCUUGGCAUGAGAAAGGUUCCGGAAGUGAAGGAUGGAGACGCAGCGCGUCACUUGGUGGCGGUGGCCAUUGACAAGGAUAAAAGCAGCCAGAAUGCCUUGAAAUGGGCGGUAGAUAACCUUGUCGCCAGCGGCGAGACCCUCAUCCUCGUCCAUGUCAACACCAAGAGCCCCUCGGCGGGGAACCAUGAUGAUGGUGCUUGUUUUAAAGAACCCACGGAUCCACAGAUGAAAGAACUUUUCCUUCCCUUCCGUUGUUUCUGCACACGCAAGGAUAUACGUUGCAGGGAUGUGGUGCUUGAAGAGCAAGAUGUAGCGAAGGCAAUUGUUGAAUUUGUUUCCAAUGCCUCGAUUGAAAAGUUGGUCGUUGGUUAUCCAACGAGGGGCGGAUUUAUGAGAAGAUUCAGGAGUACAGACACUCCCUCCAACAUCUCCAGAGGGGCACCCGAUUUCUGCACCGUUUACGUCAUUUCUAAAGGGAAGGUAUUAUCCAUGAGAAAUGCUAUCCGACCAGCUCCGGGCAUAUCUCCCCUUCAUGCUCCAAUCCAGAGCCAAGCGUCCGUCAAACCCGACCCUGCAGUCACCCAACACGGCUCGCUUGGUCCGAGAGUGCUGAGUGAAGCAUCACUGGACUCUCGUAGCCUGCACCACGAUGACUCAAUCAAGUCUCCAUUUGCCAGGGGAAUGCGUGGCACGACCGCAAAGUCAUAUGCCGAUUUCUCAUUCACAGACAGCGACAUAUCAUUCGUGAGCUCCGGUAGGCCGAGCGUCGAUCGAAUGUACCCCCCAAGGUUAUCCACCGGCUCAGAAUCCCUUGAUCGUAGCUUCGAGAUGGUGACAACCCCGAUGAAGUCGGCUGAUUCGUUCUCCACCGGGAAUGAUUUCUCCUCAAUCUCGCAAGCCAGCACCGGAACAUCAUGGUCAUCACACACCAUGGAAGAUGUCGAAGCGGAGAUGAAGCGGCUGAGGCUGGAACUCAAGCAAACAAUGGAGAUGUACAACACGGCCUGCAGAGAAGCGAUCACAGCGAAACAGAAGGCAAUGGAGCUCCAUCGUUGGAAGACGGAGGAAGAGCAGAGACUGGUAGAAGCCAAAAUGGCAGAGGAAUCUGCGUUGGCUCUAGUGGAAAGAGAGAAAGCAAACUGUCGAGCGGCUUUAGAAGCAGCUCAAGCCUCCCAGCGGAUCGCCGAGUUAGAAGCUCAGAAAAGAGCCCAUGCAGAGAUGAAGGCACUCAAGGAGGCCGAGGAGAGGAAGAGAGCCGCAGACAUCAUCCCGCGUCCAGUCGUGAGGUAUCGGAGAUACGCGAUUGAGGACAUCGAAGCAGCCACAGAAUACUUUGCAGAACAUCGUAAGAUUGGUGAGGGAGGUUACGGUCCCGUCUAUAAAUGUUACCUGGAUCAUACGCCAGUCGCCAUCAAGGUCCUCCGUCCAGAUGCAGCUCAAGGAAGAUCUCAAUUUCAACAAGAGGUUGAAGUACUGAGCUGCAUUCGGCAUCCAAACAUGGUUCUGCUUCUGGGUGCGUGCCCGGAGUACGGGUGUCUUGUGUAUGAAUACAUGGCCAACGGGAGCUUGGAUGACCGCCUGUUCCGGCGGGGAAACACGCCGGUGAUCCCUUGGCAGCACAGGUUCCGCAUCGCUGCGGAGAUCGCAAGUGGCCUCCUCUUCCUCCACCAGACCAAGCCGGAGCCACUGGUGCACCGAGAUCUCAAGCCCGGAAACAUCCUUCUCGAUCGAAACUAUGUCAGUAAGAUCAGCGACGUUGGGCUCGCACGGCUCGUGCCCCCAUCGGUCGCCGAUAACGUCACCCAGUAUCGCAUGACCUCCACGGCGGGGACGUUCUGCUACAUCGACCCCGAGUACCAGCAAACGGGCAUGCUCGGUGUGAAGUCCGACGUCUACUCCCUCGGGAUUUUGCUGCUGCAGAUCAUCACAGCAAAGCCCCCAAUGGGCCUGACGCACCAUGUCGGUCGCGCCAUCGAGAAGGGGACCUUAGCCGAUAUAUUGGACCCGGCGGUGACCGACUGGCCCAUGGAGGCGGCGCAGCGCUUGGCCGAAAUGUCACUCCAAUGUGCAGAGCUGAGACGCAAGGAUCGACCGGAUCUUGCCACCGUCGUGCUGCCGGAACUUGAAAGAUUGAGAGAGCUUGGAGAAGAGACGAUGUAUAUUAAUGGUAUGCUGCCGAGCACGCACAGCUCACCCAUGCACAGUCAAGUUUCCAUGCAGGAUGUCAUGAGCGAUGCUUCACUGACACAAUCUGGAUAUUCUAGUGGAUCAUCAGUGACUGGAAGAAAAUCAAAUGUGGCAUGAGAAUAUAAUUAACAGAUCACGGACAAACCCAAGGUAGAUAGCUGGGCAAUCAACCUGGAAAUGCAAAAGCCGGAUCUACAAACAUCAGUUUCUUCGUGCAUGUUAACCAGAACAUAAUAUUGGUAGCCGAGCGCGGUCAGCUACUUAAGGCAGGGAUAAGACGAAUAUGCCAGGAGAAGAAGCUUCAGUAAGGCAUACGAUAAUAUCUCUCUCAAACGUACUCUUGCUGGUGAUACAGGUAUCAGGAGGUAGAAAAGAACUGAGGCAGAGAGCAAUUCAAAGGCAGGCUGAUGGGAACCGAGUUUUCGCGUCUGUUGCCUCACGGUCAAGUAAAAACCUCUCCAUAUCUAAAGCUGUAAAAUUAACUACAAUUGUAAAUGUAAACUGUUUUGUUAUAUAUCCAGAAUAUAUAAUUUUGGAAAUCAAAAGUCCGUUUCCAGCAAGAAGAAAAUGAAAAUUAUUG